CUUAGUUCCACUAAUUCUCCAUCAGUGUUUUUCUCAAAGGCCCUGCAAUCUUUUUGUUCACAGAUAUACUGCUAUAUAGAAGCCAUGCAGGCCAGUGAGAUCACAGGACUGAAUUAUUUACUCCCUUCAGACCCUUGUCCUUACCCUGGUCACUACAGCAUGACUCAGAACACCAUCCCCACAUUUCAACUCCACAAACUCUCAAACCAGUUCUACGGUUUCCAAAACCCUCAGCAAAUGGUUGCAGAAUUCAGCCCCCCUCAGUCCUCAUGCAUCAGCAGCACCUCCACCUCUGAUGAAGCAGAUGAGCAGCAGCAAAGUCUCAUCAAUGAGAGGAAGCACAGGAGGAUGAUAUCGAACCGUGAAUCAGCACGCAGGUCACGCAUGAGGAAGCAGAAGCACCUUGAUGAACUCUGGUCACAGGUGGUCUGGCUCAGGAAUGAAAACCACCAGCUUAUGGACAAGCUGAACCAUGUGUCUGAGUCACAUGACAGAGUUUCUCAAGAGAAUGUUCAGCUCAGAGAAGAAGCCUCAGAACUUCGCCAAAUGAUAUGUGACAUGCAGCUACAUAGUCCAUACCACCCUCCUUCUCUGUGCCCCAUUGAUGAUGAUGUCUCUCCCUAUGUCAAAUCUGAUUCCUCCAUCACCAGCUCCUCCAACCUGCUUGGCUGAAUUUGAAGACAAGACCAAAUCUUCAAUUUUUCUUCUCCGAGUUCUUGUGUGUGUGUGAAUUGUUGUGGAAGUACAAAUAGUAGCAGUAGUAGUCUUUGCCUCCCUUUUGAGAUGUAUGAGGUGAAACCAUAACAUAACAUAAACGGCAAUGACAUGUUCUUGAGUUUCUAA